UUCCAUUAUUUGAUUAUGGUGGAUGACAGACGUGGCUGAACAAAUCUUAUAUUAUGUUUUUUUCAUCAAUAUUCGUGAACUAAUUUGAAGAAAAAUGUCUGACGUGAUAGUGCCCAAGGGUCAGCCAAUUCCCGGCGACCCAGAGAAGAAGGGAUGGUUGUUCAAAUGGACAAAUUAUUUGAAGGGUUAUCAAAGAAGAUGGUUCGUUCUCUCGAAUGGAUUACUUUCGUACUACAGAAAUCAAGCGGAAAUGGCGCAUACAUGCCGCGGUACAAUCUCUUUACUUGGUGCUCUCAUUCACACUGCAGACUCCUGCACAUUCGUCAUCAGCAAUGGAGGAACACAAACAUUCCACAUCCGUGCACAAGAUGAGGUGGAGCGUCAGAGUUGGGUCACUGCACUCGAACUCGCAAAGGCGAAAGCUAUUAGAGCACAAGAAUCUGAUGACGAUGAAGAUCAAAUGUCUAGUGGGAAUGUGGCUGUGGGCGGUGGAGAAGGCGAAGGGGAGGACGCGAGCCGUAUAGCUCGCGAGCUAGCGGCACGGUUUCACGACCUUCGCACGUGUUCUGAACUUGUGACCCGCCACGGGACCUCGCUGCAGCGCUCAUUGGCAGAUCUCGAGAUACCUCCUACAGAUACAACAAAACAAGUAUCGGAGCGCGCCACUCUUUUCAGGAUAUCCUGUAAUGCCAUGAUGAAUGCAUGCUCGGAGUUUAUGAAUGCGGCUGCAGCUUCCAGUGCUCGCAUGAGCCGUGCACUUCAGCAUGAGCGCGAACAAAAGACCCGGUUGCAAGAAGUCGUAGAACAGUUAGCACGACAGCAUGACAAUCUUGAGAAGACGGUUACAGCACAUAACACAUCACAUGCAGGAGGAAACGGGUCUGGUACUGGAAACGAGACAGAGGAUGAAGAUCAUGAAUUCUUUGAUGCUAUGGAGGAGGGUGUCUCAACAUCAAUGGAUGAUAAGACAUCAUUUGUAAUUAAAGUACCAGUUAAUAGGAAAAAUAAGGUAAAAAGCGGCGAGAGCUCCGAUGAAUCCGAAGGAGAAACAGUGACGGAAACGCAGCAGGUAAUAUUCGUGGAAGACAAAGAGCGUGCAGAAAGCGCCAUGGGAGGUGCCGAGACUGGUGUUGUCGCCACCAAGGCUUCGGACAAGGAACAGAAUUUCAAAAUUUGGCCGCACGUGUCACAAGUCACGAGCAUGGUUGACGGCCAUCCGCGUCGAGUACGAGUGCCCGACAAGCCAAACUACCCACUCAGCCUGUGGUCCAUCAUGAAAAACUGCAUAGGCAAAGAACUAUCGAAGAUCCCCAUCCCGGUGAACUUCAGCGAGCCGCUAUCGAUGCUGCAGCGCCUGACGGAGGAUUACGAGUACUCGCCUGUAUUGGACCAAGCGGCGCAGUUCACCGACCCCGCGCAGCAGCUCGCAUACGUCGCCGCCUUCACGGUUUCCUCAUACGCCACUACUUCCUGCAGAAUAAACAAACCCUUCAACCCGCUACUGGGUGAGACUUUCGAAUGUGAUCGCAUGGCGGACCUUGGAUGGCGGUCUAUAUCUGAACAGGUAUCACAUCACCCUCCAAUGGUAGCGCAGUUCUGCGAGGGGCAAGCAGGCUGGCAAUGCUGGCAGGAGUUCACCAUGACCACUAAGUUCAGGGGGAAAUACCUACAGGUUAUACCCCUGGGUAGUGCAUCGGCAAUGUUUGUCGCUUCAGGCAACAAAUACACAUGGAGGAAGGUAAUGACUACCGUCCACAACAUAAUAGUGGGUAAACUAUGGAUGGACAACCACGGGGACAUGGACAUAGUGGGCGAGGCGGGCCCGGCCACCGGCUACGUGGCUCACCUCAAGUACCAGCCGUACAGUUAUUUCAGCAAGGACACGCAGAGGAAGGUCACCGGCGUCAUCAAGGACCCACAGGGAGUGCCCCGCUACGUGCUGCAGGGUCACUGGGACGACCGCGUGGAGGUGGCUCCAGUAAGCAGCGCCUCCCCCGAUAACACAGUCUGCAAGACUGGAAAAUUCGUGCUCGCCUGGCAACGCGUGCCCGCACCACCUGACUCGCACAAAUGGUACAAUUUCACGCUGCUAGCGGCGCAGUUAAACGAGCAGGAGGAGGGCGUAGCACCCACGGACUCCCGGCUGCGACCCGACCAGCGCCUCAUGGAGGAGGGGCUGUGGGACGAGGCCAACACGGAGAAGCUUCGCCUCGAGGAGAAGCAGCGCGGCGCUCGGCGCCAGCUUGAGGCGGAAGCGGAGGCGGCGGCCGCCAGGGGAGCUGACCCCCCGCCGCCUCCUCGGCCCGCCUGGUUUUCGCGUGAGGCCGCACCCGGCCAGCCGCAUCUGCGGCACCUGUAUAACCACCGCUACUGGGAGUGUAAAGCGCGUCGUGACUGGAGCGGCUGCCCCGACAUUUUCUAGCCGGCCCUCGACUCCCCGUCGCUCGGCCGGGUUUCCGCCCGCUCUGUUCGCCGGUCGGAUGUACAUUGACUCGAAAUCUCGCCUGUUGACUUCCGUUCUAGAUAGGUUUAUCCUUGUCCGUUCAGAGACAACUGUACACGGUCGAGUGGCUUUAAUCGAUCAUAUAUGUUUCGGUUAUUCAAAUGUGAUCGAAUAUCUCGAAUGCUUUCUUAAUGAUCGAAUUAAAUCAUUGAGAUAUUUGACUCACAAUUAACGCCAAACCCGAAUGACCGUAUCGCUAUUGUGAUAGAAACAUCUGUUGGCAAAAUAACAAACGCAUUGCAGUUUCUUAUCUAAAAUUGUCCGAAGUUAAAAACAAAAUAAUUACGUAACUUGACGCAUGCCUUGUUAUUGGCUUGAUGGUGCAAUUUUACAAAUUGAAAGAUAUUCACCUUCGAUAUAAGCCACUUGACCAUCUACGGUUCUCUUUUUAAUUUUUGCUUUUUUAAUCUAUGAGCAUCCUAUGUCGUUUGUUUAAUAUUUGAUGUAAUCGCUAGCUAUUUGUCGAGUCUCAGCUUAUUUCAUUCAUAUCACAUCGUGUGAUUGACUAACUUAUUUCGAUAAUUCACACGGUAGUCAUUCCAUAGUUACAUUACUGUAGUUGAUCUAUUUAUUUGUUAUCAAAAUUUAAUAUUAAUACAAAAUAUAUACAUAUGUGUAAAUAAUUAUAAUUUAUAAAUAUUGUUAUUUCAGUAGCGAUUUACCGCAGACUGUCGUGGCCUAAUGACUAAAAAUAACAACUUAUUUUAGCCGAUAUGUAUUGAACAAUAUUUAAAUAAAAAUAACAACGAAAUCGUUCUUCACUCUCUAACUUCGCUGGCAUAUUGUUAGCAUAAUUAUAAUAUGUAUCUCCACGCGUAAUUUAAAAAAAAAAUCAUAAGUGCUUUGUAGUCUAAUAAUAAUGUAAGAAACACUUCGCUUGAUGAUAUUAUGAAGACUGGGGAUAGAAAUAUUGUAAGGUUACAAUUACCAGAUAUAAUUACCAUAUCGGCGUCUGUUUCCCUAAAAUUCUUCUUCGACUAGCCGCCAACACUACAGCGCAACUCCGCUGUAUGCCUAGACAACGCACCUAGCGUUAUUGAGAAUGUAUAAACUUAGAAAUUGAUAUGUCAGGUGCUUCUAACAAGUUUCCAUUUGUAAAGCUUCGUCACGCUACUAAUUUAGGGUAUGACAAAAUAUUUUAUUUCUAUUCUAGGCAUUAAAAGUAGCCCGUUACGUCCGAUUAGGUAAUGACAUGUCGUAAAACUAUUCUUAAUGCCUUAUCGUAGGAACAAUGGAGCGAUCAUUGUAAGUGUUAAAAAUUAUUACGAGUUGAUAUCAACAUGUAAUCGCAUCCUUUGUUCAAGAUGUGUAUUGUAGGUUAAUAAAUUUAAGUUAAAACUUUUAUUGAUUUAUUGUUGUUAUCAACUUGUAGGGCUCUAGAAUAUUUUGUAAGGUCUAUUACAAAUUGUACAUUUUCAAGUGUAUGUAAGAUAAUUUGUUAAUAUUUUUAUUAUAAUAAUAGAAAUGAUAUUUGAAUACAAAGCCAUAACAUCUGUAUCAUGUUGAUGAUUAUUAUGAAAAUAAAAUAUAAUGUCGCUAAA